AACAUUCAUAGGAUGCUUACUGGGGAAUUGAGGCGGUCUGAAGGAGGCUGGAGUCAAAUUCCUCACCGCGUAGGAGCUCCAACACGACACAGGGCAUCGACUAACGGACCGCUCGCCCAUCGACUGAGCAAUGAUCCGCAUGAUUGACAAUCAGCCAAAACUCGUCCAAUUCGUCAUCUGUCUAUCCCGUGUCGGAUAUUUCAUUGCCAUUCUUUAUUAGAUCUUUUUUUUUUUUUUUUGCACUGAUUGCUGCUCACACGCAACCGGAGGACUCGUUUGCGUCAGAAAUCCCACCAAACUUUUAGAUUGCAGAAAUGUUUACCAAGGACCAACUUGCAGCGUUAAAAAGUUACUUAGUUGUACUGUAAGUUUUUAAACAAAGAAGUCUCUUGACUUUUCCACAGCGGAAGUGAGCUCAGUCAUGCUCCGUGUCAUCGCGUAGUUGCUGAACGUCACAUCGUUGGACCAUCAGCUUCUUCGUCCUUUUCUUCAUGGAGACAUGUUUGCUGGAUUGUUGGGCCUGAAAUGCCACGGCAACUCUCUGCAUCGCCACAGCCAAGGACGUAUGGAAGGUGGCAGAGCCUCAGGGACAGCUGGCAGCGUCGGCCGUAAGAGGCUCCACCGGAGGCCUGGUUACAUGAGAGGGGAGCAAUCCAGACCAACAAGCACCAGCGAUGAUCCGGAAGACGUGGAGGAUGAGGACAGAGAAGACGAAGCAAUUUGCAUAAGGAAUGGCAAAAGUGGAUGUCAAACUAAAGGGAUGAGUCAAUCGUCUGCUGUCAAAAUGUCUCCAAUGAAAAUUGCACAACCUGACAAAUCCUCCCAUGACGUCACUCCUCCCUCCAACGAUGACUGUGCCCUCAGUCAACCAAACAGUGAACUCACGUUAACCCAAAGUCCAAUACUUCCCCAUUCAACUACCCAGGGAGAGUCUUUCAAUUCCAGCUUCAGUUUUAUUCAACAGUCUCUUAGGAGUCUCUCUGUCCCCGCAACACCAACACAUGACCCAGAAGCUAAAGCCACAGAAGUGCCUAACGUCUCUGAAUUUGAACCAGCAUUGUCGUUUUUUGAUCAACCUGAGUCAAAACCAUCCACCCAGGUCGCAUCCAACUCUGUCCCAAGCAGCCACGAAGAAAAGGAGACACUCGGACGAUUUUGGGGGGAACGUAUGUGGGGCAGCAGGGAGGUGUCUUCUUACCUGCCCAAUAGUGACUUCCAAUGUCUGGAUUCAGAAAUCACCUCUUCACUGUCACUUGACUCGGACACCGCCUCUGCAUCCUCAGUUACGUCGGGAUACGAGAGCAACACACCUGCUUCGGACCAAGGCUGGGACAAUUUGGUGAAGAAGUAUGACCACGUGCUGCAAGACUGUCUCCAAAAUAACCGGACGCACACUAAGAUCGAGUCCAUGAUGUUAAAGCUCCAGAGAUUGCAACAAAAAGCCAUUGUGGACGAUGACUAUGACGCAGCUGAGCGAUUUGGGAAAAAGUUGGAGGAACUGUGCAAGGAGCGAGAAGCUCUGAAGCUGGGUUUACCAUCCAGACAGCCGAGUGUGGCUCUGUUUCUCCAGAGGCUCAGAGAGGUGGUGCAGAGCGCCCUCUACAGGACAGACAGUGGUCAGCACAGGUCAGUCACACAAGGGUUGGGAGCAGAAUACGAUGGAGGAGAGCCGUCAGAUUCAGUGCGCCGUCGAGAUCGUCUCACCCAAGAGAAACAAUCAGUAGAGGAGGAAAUCAAGGAACUGCAGCAGAGAUUGGCAGAGCUAAAGGAUCGCAGUCGAUGUCUGGACCAGCAGAUCCAGCAAGAGGAGCAGCAAAUGGAGGCUGAGGAGCUGGAGGGCUCCGUGCUGAGGAGCUGCACCUCGGCCCAGCUCAGAGACUUGAGCCGAACGCUUCACGAUCUUGUGAUGUCUGAGAACCGCAUCCAGAUCUCCGUCUCUCCUCCUCCCUCCAUGCUCAGACUUCAGGAACAGGAGCAGGCAUUGAAUCUAUCCAUCAAGGAAGCUACUGCCAAAGUGGUCAUGAGUCAGAAGCUGGGCAGCAGCCUCAGGAGGAAAGUCAGUGAGACUGAAACUCAGCUCUUAGCUUUGCAGGAAGCCAAACUGGCCGCCAUCUCAGGGAACGACUUCAGCAGUGCCAAGGAGCUGAAGGCUGAGAUGAAGGCGGUGUACCAGGAGCAAGAGCGACUGGAGGCUCUGGCCAAGCGGCUGCACAGUCUCAGCUCAGGUAGCAGCCAAGAGCUAGCCAGGAUGAAGGAGCAGCGGCAGCAGCUCAGACAGGAGUUGGAGCACCGGGAGGUGCAGCAUGAAAGCCAGCUGAAGGACAAUGCCGUCAAGUACAUUGAGCUAUUAGAAGACAGGUUGCACAGCUGUAGCUGUUCCGGCUUGGAGCGGAUUUGGGAGGCCGACCUGGAGGCAUGUCACCUGUUCUUACGAGGCUUGCAGCUACGGACGUCCGUCUGUUGCGGAGCGGACGUGGACGACCAUCUCGCCACAACUGACUGUGCUACAAGUCAAGUGUGCGCCAAAGAGGAAGAAGACAGCGCCAUGUUGACAGCUUUAGGCGGCCGCUGGUGUCCCGAGGCCAAUUUACAGAACUCGGAGUUCACCAAGAAAUUGGAGGAGUUUUUGUUCUGCAUGGAGGAUAACAACCCACAGCAGGACGUGUCCAGCGAUGACGAGGCAGCAGACCUCUCCGAGCGCUGCGAGCUGAUCAGUGACAGACUAAUGACCUUGGAGGACGACUUACAGACGGCCAUAGAGAACCGGGACCAGGCCCUCGCUGAGUCGCUGGAGAGGCAAGUUCAGGAAGUUAAAACCACUUUGCAAAACAUGCUCACCCUACUCAGCGAGGAAGUCAAGGAGGACGCGCAUGUUGGUGAAUUGCGGGAUGAUGACGAGCCUGUGGAAAAUGGGAUUUUGGAGGAGGAAGAAGAGGAGGAAGAGGACCAGUACUUUAGUGACAGCUGGGACAUUUGAAGCGGAUGCAUGUUGUGUUUUAUGAGCACGCACACUGGGAGCCUGACCUGCACUCUGCAGUUGAACUGACCCCAUUUCUAUUUAACGUAAAGCCGCACUCAAAGUCAUUUACAAGCAGCCCUCUGUGGAACUGAGCAAAGUCUCCAGUUGUUGCUUACCUUAACUUAAAAACACAUUCUAUACAUGCAGGGAUACAACACUUUCAAUUCAAAUUCUCAAAGUGUCUUCAGGCUUCUCAGUCGACUGUUUUUUUUUGUCCCAGUUAAUAUCAAGAAAUGAAAUGUCUACACUAGUGUUUUCAAUUGAAGGUUUAUUUUUGUGUUCUAAACUAUGUACUAACCCUAAAACUCAAAUGACCAAAACAGAGAAUGUAAACACGGAAGCCCCAAAUUUGUACCACUUUUUUGAUUAUUUGUGGGAUAAAGAAGACAAUCUUCUUUUUUUACAUUAGCAUACAUGCACAUAAACUGUUUUAUUUUUUGAUCCAGUGGCUUUUUUUUUGUGUUUCUUUUUCUUUGCAAGUGGACUUAAUGUAAUUUUAUGUAUGUGGUGCUAACUUGAACACUGUUGCUAGUGAUGAAAAUCUUAUAUUUAUAGUAUUAGGGCUACAUUGACAAAAAGGUUGUAAGGUUAAGGUUAAAACAAGAAUAAGUUCAAAACUUUUCAAACACUGAUAGAUUUUUCUCUCUUGUAAAUAUAUAACACGACUUAAUCCUUCCUAUUUUUAUAUAUUAUUAUUCCCUCUUUUUUAAAUUUGAUGAAAUGUAAUCAUUUUUCCCACAAUAUAAUAUCAAGAUUUUUCUUCUAGAAAUUUGAGUUGAUACUUGUAGUAUUGAAAACAUGAGAAAUUUAUUAGUAAUACUACUACCCCGACGUUCAUUUUUUUCAAUGUGGCCCUAAUACUUAUUCAUAUAAAUUAAUUUGAUUUUGUUAUUUAAAUACUUGUAAACAGUUGCAAUGUUGAAGGAAAAAAUAUCAGUUGGCAGAGAAACAAAAUGCUGUUUGCACCACUGACUGCAUGAUGACUUAUGCUAAAUCUUUUCGUACAUUCCAGACAUUUUUUGUGUCGUUUAAUGGGAUAAUCUUUUUUUUUAAAUUUACUGUGCAUUCCCAUAAUUCCUAUUUAUUGUCCAUCGUGUCUCACUAAUUACAGCAUGUAGCAUCUUGCCUGAUGAUGUUUCCUGCUGUUUUCUUUUUGUACCCACUUUGGUGAUAGCCCCUCACGGAGAACAUGUGGGCAUCCUUCCAGGCAAGUGGGGGCAGUGUUGACAUGUCGGCGUUAUCAAUACGCUAAUAAAGGUCCUCUAGUGAGGUCUGUAGGGGA